AUGGCGAAUUUUGGCAACCUGAUGUCCUUUUCGUCCGACGAAGAAGACAACGUGGCCGUAAAUUCGGAAGUGUCGUGGCUCACAGUUUUGUCCUCAGAAUUUAGCGUCAGCGCUAGAGGCCGAUCUGAAACCGAAAGCACACGUUCGUUGUCGCCGAACUUCUGUCCCUCAGACAGCCAUCCCGCUAGCGCUUGUGGAAACAACAGAGGGUACUUGGAAGACUACCAACGAGCGGUGAAAACAGAAACACGGUCUUCGCAAUCGAGCUUUCCCAGUGAUAGCCAACGCUUAAAUUGGGUUGAAUUUACAAUUGAUAGUGAUGAAGGUCGUGACAGUCUGUUUAAUCAGCAACGUCAAUUAAGGACUUCUCGUUCCUGGGACGAAUUAACGCCCCCUACGAGUCCAGUGAAAAAGCGUAAUAAUAUUCCCCAAUUUCCACAAGGUGGAUUUGCAAAUUAUCACAAGUCCUUCAGGCCACCAUCAGAGUUAUUGGAUAGCGAAGGAACAGCUUCUUACAAUGGCUCAGGUGUAUUUAAAAACAAUGACAGCCCACCAUCUUACACCUCUAAUUUGUUUGUGACCUUGAAUAGUCAGCAUUAUGGAGUUCAGAGUACAAAUCAGUCUGUCAUAACCACUGCAUCUUCAAAUUCGAGCAGCGAACAUCCUUAUGGUUCUAUCACCCUAAAGCUCAAAGGAGAAUUAUCCACCAGAGGAAGCAGAGAGGAAGUUGGAGCAUCUCAAGAUUCUCUGUCAGAUGAACUUGUUUUUCCAGAAAAGGAUAAUGAGACUUCUGAGCAGCCAGCUAUUAAUUCUGGUAACAUAAGGCCUCUUAAAGUGCAACUUCCCCCUGAGGAGACCCCCAAAGGUCCUAAAGCAAAACUAAAGAAAACUGUUUCUCGUAGCAAAUCUGUUCCUCACCCUCGUCCACCUUUACCUACUCUCACCGACCAUCCUUUCUCAUCUUCAUUUCCCGACAAGAAAUCACCAGCUGCCUCAGAAUCCAGUAAACGUAACUCAAAAUUCAUUUUCUAUGGGGAUGGAUUAUUUGAUGUGGCAAAAGAGCGAAAUGAAGAGGCUACUGCUUUCAGUGAAAUGAUGUCAAGACUCAGAUCAAACGUUCACUGGGAUGAUCAAACAAACCCUGGUCACGUGAUUAGUCCUACAAUACCUUAUGAUUAUGAAACAUUUCCUCACAACACAGAGGCAAAACUUGCCAUUUACACAGAGGGACGGAAGGACACCCUUAAGUUUAUCUUCAGUGUUCACAGUCAAAUAAGCAAAGUAAUUGAACUGGCUUUGAGUUGUUUGCUGGACGACAGUAAACUGAUAAACUUCAGCGCUGCUUACUCCUACGUUGUCAAAGUCUGUGGGCGAUCUGAGUAUCUUCAAGCAAAUAGUGUUUUGAUACAAUAUGGUUAUGUCCAGGAAUGCGUGAAAUUUGAACGAGAGGUGGAACUUGUGCUGCUUGAAAGUUGGCAAGUCUCAGGGCAGCUGGCCAGGACUGAAGACGACGACAUAGAUGACAGUGUUCCGCGGAACUACAAGGAAUUCUUUGAUUGCCCCGUCAGUAUUGUAGUUUCUGAAUAUGGACUGACCGUGCUCUUGGAAGCAUUCAACGAUGAACUUGUCAAGCUUAAGGAAGAGACGACCAACCAAAUCAACCCACGAUUUGAGCCUAGCCGGGUAAUUCAAUCUGUGAAAGCAAUCUGUGCAACUCUUGCUUCCUUGGAGACCAAACAAGUUAUUAAUUCAGUUCAAAACUUGAGAGGACUACAGAGUGCUCAUGCACCAGGAAGAGAAGUCCCUGACGAGGCAGUGUUUUAUGACGCCGUUAAAAAGCUACAGGCAGCCGUUUUGCUUCUGAUUGAGACUUACUGUGACGCUUUCGAUACUGAUUUUGUACCGACCAGGGCUGAAAGACCAAAACUGGCGGGAUCUGUUGAAGUCACCGCCAUGACAGACAACUUUGGUGUGCACGUGGCUUUCGCUAACAGACUGCCGGUACAUUGGAAUCAGGACUUUGAUCGCUUCGAAGUACAGUGCGGUGUUUACUACGGAGGGCGCUUGUCUUGUCCUGUUGAAGUAACGCAACAACGUCAAAUCACUAGGCGUUUCUUUAACCAGCUGCGAUGGGAUGAGUGGCUUCAAUUCAAGAUCCAAGUGCGUCAGCUACCGCGAGAGUCCCGUCUCUGUCUUACCCUUUAUGGAAUUGCCGUAACCGGUAAGGGCAACUCUCUGAACACCACCAGGACCCCACUUGGAUGGGUGGCAAUUCCCCUCUUCGACUUCAAAGGCGUGUUGGUUUCAGGCACGCAUCUUCUUGGAUUGUGGCCCGACGACGUUGCAAACCCUGUGGGAAGUUGUACGUCAAAUCUUCUCCAUCCAUCGAGCGUUAUGCUACAGGUCGAAUUUGAGCCUUAUUUGGCUGACAUUGUGUUUCCGGAUUUCGAGACCAAUGGCUUGUUGGCUUACGAUGAAACUGAUCGCUGUGAAGCUCAAGCCAGGAAUGCCGACGUGUACAAGCCCAUUUUGGAAAAAGACCUGUUCAACGAGCUUAAGCCGGAAGAGAGCGAACUUUUGUGGGAGCACCGCUAUUACUGUAAGUCAGUGCCAAAAGCGUUACCUCUCAUUCUUUCUGCAGCACCAUCAUGGGAGUACCAAUAUCUUCCAGUGAUCUACAGCUUAUUAGCUUCCUGGGCGCCUCUAAAGCCCGUGGACGCAAUGGAACUGCUCAAAGUCAGCUUCCCUGACACCCGUGUGCGAGCUACAGCUGUUGAUUGGAUGGAGGCACUUGUGGAUGACGAACUUUGCGAUUACCUUCCACAGCUUGUCCAGGCAUUAAAGUAUGAAAUAUAUCAUGACUCUGCCUUGGUUCAAUUCCUCGUUCGCCGUGCUCUCGCCAGUGUUCGCGUCAUGCACUACCUGUUCUGGUACUUGAAAGAUAACAUCAGCGAUCCUCAGUUCGGUCAACGCUUUCAAAUCAUUCUCGGUGGCCUCCUGAGUAUCUGUGGCAAUGCGCAGAGAACUGAGUUUACCAAACAAGACGAGAUCGUCCAUGACCUUAUCCAUGUGGCGCAGCACGUCAAAGGCGCGAAAGAUUCUUUGAGGACGAACAUUCUUCAGCAAGAGUUAGCUGUGGUUGCUGCGAACAUGUUCACAAGCGUAAGACUUCCCAUAAGCCCAAGCUAUGAGGUCAAAGUCAUCGACGUUAAGGGCUGCGGCUACUUCACCUCCAACUCCGCGCCUCUGAAACUCAUUUUCAAGAACUCAGACCCAUUUGGUGAAGACGUACACGCCAUGUUCAAAAUCGGCGACGACAUGAGGCAAGACAGGCUUAUUAUGCAACUGGUUGGUAUCAUGAACAAGAUCUGGUUACGAGAGGGAAUCGACUUAAAAAUGAUCACCUACAGGUGCAUAGCAACUGGAAUCGGCAUGGGAAUGGUGGAAAUUGUUAAGGAGUCAGUAACACUUCGAGAGAUCCACACUGAGUUGGGCUUAGCAGGGUCUUUCAAGGACGAGCCAAUCGCGAGAUGGAUCCAGAAGUACAAUCCAGGUGAAGAAAGCUACCACCAAGCGGUUGAGAAUUUCACAGCCUCCUGUGCCGGCUACUGUGUUGCCACGUACGUCCUCGGAAUCUGCGAUCGUCACAACGACAACAUAAUGAUCAAGAGAAGCGGCCACCUUUUUCACAUCGAUUUUGCUAAAAUACUUGGCAAUGCACAAAUGUUCGGAUCAUUUCGCCGCGAUCGGGCUCCUUUCGUACUGACUUCGGACAUGGCUUUCGUCAUAAACGGUGGUUACGAACCGAGUAGCCGUUUCCAGGACUUUAUUGACCUUUGUUGCAGGGCGUUCAACGUUAUCCGGCGCCAUUCCAACUUGUUACUUAACUUGCUGUCCCUGAUGCUUAAUUCCGGAAUUUCUUGUUUAAGUAAAGUUGCUGAUUUAAGCUACAUUCGGGAUUCGUUGCUCCCAGACUCAUCCGAAGGAGAAGCCACAACCGUGUUUACUCGCCUCAUAGAGUCCAGUCUCUCCUCGUGGUUUACUCAGGUGAACUUUUUCAUUCAUAACGUGGCACAGAUUCGAGAUGUUGGCCAACUAAGAAUUUCAUCGCCUGCCAAUUCCGUAGCAAGCUCAAUUCUUUCGUUUGCUCGUGGUACAUACUCAAUUCAAUCGGACGGUUUGAUUGACUCUGCACGUGUCGUGGAUUUUCAAAAACGCUACAGUCCUGAAAAAUAUUACAUCUAUGUUUUGAACGUUUGCCGCGUUGACGUCCAAGAACCGUCGUUCGUGUUUCGUCGAUUCAGUCACUUCCAUGAGCUGAACACAAAACUCACCGCAGAAUUUCCGCAAAGGAACUUUCCGAGGCUUCCGAGCAAGAUCUACCUUGGUCGUUCCCAGAUCCGAGUAGUUGCCGAGCGGAGGAGAAACGAGCUCGACGACUAUAUCCGACACUUGCUAAUGAUGCCGCCUGAAAUCUCCGAGUCUGAGCUUCUGUACACCUUUCUUCACCCCUCACAGCAGGACCGCUUAGAAGCUAGCAAGUUCUCCAUGCGCUUACUGCCCGAAGAGAAACGAAACCGAGAGCGAGCAAUCGGUGGUAAAGUGAAGUUGUUGAUUCGACACGAACACGAAACACUUCGCGUGAUGGUUAUGCAUGCAAAGGAGUUAUCCCCGAGGAAUCAAACGAAUUUGUCGGAUCCGUAUGUCAAACUGUACCUCUUGCCAGAUCCCAUUAAGGCCACGAAGCUCAAGACGAGGAUUGCGCGAAGGACCCUUAAUCCGACGUACAACGAAACCUUGUGUUACAGCAUAUCAGAGCGUGAGGCACGACAACGUCUCCUUCAGGUUACCGUGCUAGAUCAUGAUUACGUUGGUGAGAACGAAUUUCUUGGCGGAGUACUGAUAGAUCUUUCACAAGCUGAGCUCAAGACAUCAGUGGCCCGUUGGUACACUCUAACAGACAUCAGAAAACCACAGUGA